UGCUGCUAAGAAAAUUUUUGGGGGGGACAUCAAGCAUUUUCUCUGUCAUUGGCAUGUGCAUGAAAAUUGGAAGAAAAAGAGUAGACAACUUGUUAAGGACCAAAACCUACAAGCAGAAAUUUAUUCUUACUUAUGUGCUUCUUUACAAGCAGAAUCUGAAACUCUUUUUUCUCGCUAUGUCCAGGAAUUGUCCAAAAAAUUAGAAGGUGUAAAUCCAGAAUUUUUACAAUAUUUCCAAAAUUACUACUUGAGUAGAAAAGAAAUUUGGGCAAAAUGUUACAGGAAAGGGGAAUUUGGCAAUGUACAUACUAAUAUGUUUGUAGAAAGCUUCCACAAUCAAUUAAAAACAGUAUUUUUUGAAGGUAAACGCAAUAGACGGAUUGAUGUUUUGAUUGAUAUUCUCUUACAAAUUGAAAAAAAUCUAUUCAUGACACGUUUACGUCGUAUGAGAUUUAAUUUGCCCUCAGGAGAAAAUAUAGAUAAUGAAGAUCGUCAUCAAAGAAGUUUAGAUAUUAAGGACUCAUGUAUUUUACAAAUUAGUGACAAUUUUUUUACAGUAACAUCAUCAGAUUCUACAUAUGACAUCAAGAAACUAGUUGGCACAUGCAAUGAGUUAUAUUGUUUCAACAAGUGCAAAAAAUUUCCUUGUGUUAACCUUUGUAAACAUCUUUUUUCAUGUUCUUGUACAGAUUACAAAAUUGGUCAUGUCUGCAAACAUCUACACAAAAUACAUGCAGUUGUCAAUUUGAAUAGCAAUACAAAUAAACCAUCUAAUGCAGAUGUUGAUUUUACACCAGAACAUCACUUAUCAGAUAAUGAUACAGGUACAUCAGUGUCUACGCAGGAUCAUUCUGAUCAAAAGAUUCAACAGAUUGAGAAAAAAUUGAACAUAAUUGCUGAACAGAUUAGAAACAAUCCGUCAGUUCAAAAACAUACGCUAGAUAAUAUUUUAUGUGCUUUAGACCAUAUUAUUUCAGCAAAUGAGGGUAGCAAUGGCAUUGACAGUUCUUUAAAAGAUUUCAAAAAGACAGAGAAGAUUUCUUCUAAUGCUAAAAAUUUAUUACAGCCUCGAUUUAGACCAACUUCUAAAAAGCCUGGUAGGAUUCCAAAGCCCCAUUUUAAAAAACCAACAGAUGAUGAAAUGAGGAAUCUUCUCCCCAAUGACUCAGGAUCAUCUCAAGUCUCCUCAGUACCUGUUUCCUUGCCUGGACCAUCUGUGGCACCAUAUCCUCCCCUAAGACUAGUCCCCCAAACAACGAACGCACUACCUACACAGCCACCACAACAAAGUGUAUUUAGUGUUGGAACUGGAUUGGGACAGCCAACAUGGAUGAGAGUACCACCCUCUAUGAUUGGAAGGAGGAUUGUUACCACCAUUAAUGGCAAGAAGCAGGUCAUUGUCUUCACAAAUGGAGGAGGAAAUGAUGCAGCUGAGAAAGAUGGGGAGUAAAAUGGGGGUUAGAAAUUCCUUCAGAAUGACAUUUUAAGGGUAUACAAGGAAUGUGAAUCACUAUGUCCUUCUGUCUUUUCAUCCCACUUUCAUUUCCGACCAGUACUGGGUUACGUUUUAGAAAAGAAAUUGUGUAGGUUAAAAGAUUUGACAAAUAAUGCUCUUGACAUGAGAAUAUCAUGUCCCUGAAAUGAGAUUACAUACCAUUGUAAAGGUCACAUCACCUUUAAUCCAUCCAAGUAACUAUAAGCCCUAUAUUGACCAAACUUGCAUGAGUGACACAUCUAAGGAUGCAUACUACCAGGCUUGCUUCAGAUGCUGGACCUGACCUACAUUUUUUGGAUGAGUGGACAGUUAAAGUAUUUGGUGCAGGUCUCAUUUUCAAAUAACUAAGCCCUAUAUUGACCAAACUUGCAUGGGUGAUACAUCUAAAGAUGCAUACUACCAGGCUUGCUUCAGAUGCUGGAUCUCUCUUAUUGGUAAAAAUUUCAUGAAUAUUUAUAUCAGAAAGGACCCUGAGUGGGGUUUCCUCAGAUUCUUUGUGUACAGAUAUAUGUGAGCAGAUCAAAGGAUCUGAAUUUAAU